AGUAAUUGACGAUCGUGCAGCGAAAUUGAGCAGUAUACCUGUACAACCUGUCCGCCUUCUAGGCGGAUCGUUCGACAACGUGUCGAUCCAUUUGAGAUACCGGAUGAUCAGUUUAUAAAAUUAUACUGACUAAAUAAAUGUAUGGUUACCGACGUUAUAAAUAUCGUCGAAGAAUUUGGGGAAUCAGUCUCUCGGACGUCAGCAUUACACUCUCAGACAAAGAUAAUUAUAUCAUAUUAAUGCUUUGUCCACAUGUAUAGCGUUUACGAAAACAAUAGUCUGAUCGAUAAAUAAAAUGUCGCACAUUAUUACUAUAGUCUUUCUUUGAUGUCUAUAAAAAUUCAAUACGUUUGUAGGUAUUAACAGCAUUGCAAUUCUUUGCGCAAGGAAGCUACCAAUCAGACGUUGGACAUAACAUUUACACUUCCAUUAGCCAACCAUUCGUCAGUAGAUGCAUUCAUAGUGUCAUAGAUGCUCUAAAUCAGCAACACGUGCAAAAUGAAUGGUUAAAGUUCCCGAGAAAUAUACAGGAACUGCAAACUCUCAGACAUUUUAUCAAGGGCAUGGAUUUCCCGGUGUUAUCGGAUGCAUCGAUUGUACACACGUUGCAAUCGUAGCACCUGGCAUCAAUGAUCCGGAGUAUCCAGAACAUAUAUAUGUAAAUCGUAAAGGAUAUCGUUCCAUAAAUGUUCAAUUGGUUUGUGAUCCUGAUUUAAGGAUAAUACAUGUGAAUGCACGAUUCCCUGGGAGUACGCACGAUAAUUAUAUUUUGAACAAUACCAAUAUAUUGCCAGCCCUAAAAAGUAUUAACGAAUAUCAUGGAAAUGGUUUUUAUCUUCUGGGAGAUUCAGGAUACCCAUUGAGGCCAUGGCUGCUAACCCCGAUAAACGACACUCGGCCUGGAACACCGGAAGCUGUGUACUCCGAUUGCUUAAAAAAAGCAAGAUCAUUAAUUGAACGCUACAACGGGAUAUUAAAAUUAAGAUUUCGUUGUCUUUUAAAACAUAAAGUACUGCACUACAAUCCCAAUACAGCCUCAAAAAUCAUCAACGCGUGCGUGGUAUUGCACAAUAUGUGCAUACAAAAUGGACUCCCUGCGCCUCAGCAAGAUGAAGAAAAGAAUGAGGUUGAUUUAGGAAUUUAUAAUCAUGUUCCUCAAGUUGAAGAUUUGAAUACAAAUGUAAGAAGAGCGAAUCCUGAUUUAGCAAGAGGACGAGCGCUUCAACAGCAUAUAAUUAGGUCCUUUUUUACUUAAGAAGGAGAAUAUUGUGUUCACAUAGUAUUUUUAUUUUAUAAUAUAUAAUACACCAAUAAUAUACGAAAUAUAAUACAGCAAACAUACAGAAAAAAAUAUAUAUAUUUUAUAAAAUUGUACUAUUGUAUUCAAUUCUACACCGAAAGCCUUAAUAAUAGGAUAUCAGUCAUUUUUAUAACUACUUUAUUAUUACAUUACUAUUUUAAAGUAGAUAUGUACAGACACCUUAACUUGUAUACAGAGCUGUAAAGUAAUGAUUACUUUUGUAUUCAUUACAAUUUGAAAUAAUUACAUUCGAAUUCAUCUAGUAAAUGUUUUACCUUAUACUGUUAUGAAAAAAUUAUUUGUACCUCUUUUCCAUUACAAUUGCAAUAUCUUUCCACGUUACCCAUGAGGUAAUAUUGACUAAUCACUAAGAAAAAUAUGCAUAACGUACAUAGUUUAAGUAAUUUUAAGUAAUUCUUGAGUACUUUCUUUUUAGUAAUUAUGCAAUACCUUAUUCUUAAUUUGUGAGUAAUUCAAUUACUUAUAACUACCCAGAAAGUAAUUA